UGGAGCGUUUGUAGAUUUCUGUGUUACAAACUUGUCACUGUUUGUAAGACAUCGCUGGAACUUGACUGAGUUUAUCCCUCUCUGCUACUCCAUUUGCCCAGUGGAAAUGUCUGCCAUGAAGGCAGCUGUCCUUAGUCUCCCCAUUCUCUGGUUGCUUAGGAGAAUUUUUUUGCCCUAUUUGUGGAAGGAUAUAGACUUUUUCUACCGAUCUAUACGCUAUCUAAAAUUUGUAGAAAAUUCUCUUAACAGUGAUCCUCCUUUUUUAAUGUUGGACAUGUUUUAUCAUCAGGUGUCCAGUAAGCCUCAGAAGACAUUUAUUUUUUACCAAGACGAGGUCUACAGCUACAAGGAUAUAGAUCUUAAAAGCAACCAGUUGGCAUGGACGCUGAAACAGUACACCAAACUUCAAGAAGGGGACUGUGCUGCUGUUUUUCUUGGAAAUGAACCUGCUUUUAUCUGGACUUGGCUGGGACUGGCUAAGAUAGGAUGUCCAAUGGCUUGCUUGAACUCCAACAUACGAGCCAAGUCGUUUCUUCAUUGUUUCAAGUCCAGCGGUGCAAAAGUAUUAAUUGCUGCUCCCGAGCUACAAGAUGCUGUGGAGGAAGUGCUACCGGCAUUGAAGGAAGAUGGUGUGCAGGUGUUUUAUUUAAGCAGAGAAUCUCCCACCAUCGGAGUAGACAGUCUUCUUGAUAAGAUGGAUUUUGCUUCCGACGAGUCUGUUCCCAGAUCAUAUAGAUCAAAAGUCAAUGGUCAAUCUCCAGUUCUAUAUAUUUAUACUUCUGGGACAACAGGACUUCCGAAGGCUGCUAUUAUAUCCCAAGGCCGUCUCUUAAUGAGUUCGUCAAUAUCUACAUUAUCAGGUUUAACAUCCGAAGAUGUACUGUAUAUACCUUUACCUCUUUAUCACAGUGCCGGCCUUAUGAUUGGAGUCCGUGGAUGUAUCCAGCAAGGUGCAAGCCUUGUUUUACGAAAAAAGUUUUCAGUCAGUCAGUUUUGGGAUGACUGUAGGAAAUACAAUGUAACUGUUUUCCAGUAUAUAGGAGAGCUGCUGCGGUAUCUGUGCAAUACUCCUAAGAAAGACAAUGAUAAGGAUCACUGUGUACGGCUUGCCUUAGGCAAUGGACUCCGGGCAGAUGUCUGGAAGGAGUUCAUUCAAAGGUUUGGAGACAUCAAUAUCUUUGAGUUCUACGCAGCAACAGAAGGAAACGCUGCUUUUUUUAACUACACUGGAAAAGUUGGUGCAAUUGGUAGAACCAGCUUCCUCUUUAAGUUCUUUAGGCCGUAUAAACUAAUCAGAUUUGAUGUAGAAAAGGAGGAACCAAUUCGUGACAGUGCAGGACACUGCGUGAACACUGCAAACGGAGAGGCUGGCCUUCUCAUUGGUAAAAUUACUGAAAAAACUCCCUUCGUGGGGUACGCCGGAGAUAAGUCUCAGACAGAGAAGAAGAAACUUAUAGAUGUGUUCCAAAAAGGAGACCUGUAUUUCAACAGUGGAGAUUUGCUGAUGGAAGAUAAAGAUGGUUUCAUUUAUUUUCAUGAUCGUGUGGGAGACACUUUUCGGUGGAAAGGAGAGAAUGUAGCUACGACAGAAGUGGCAGAUGUUAUAGGAAUGACCGAUUUCGUUGAAGAAGCUAAUGUAUACGGUGUUGCUGUUCCGUUUCACGAAGGCAGGAUUGGAAUGGUCUCUAUCAAACUCAAAGAAGGCAAGAACUUCGAUGGUGAAAAGCUCUAUGCAAAAGUAGUGGAAUAUUUGCCAAAUUAUGCCAGACCUCACUUUGUGAGACUCCAGGACGCCAUAGAAGUUACUGGAACAUUCAAGCAACGCAAAGUGGAUCUUGUACAGGAUGGAUUCAGCCCCCUCGUUAUUAAAGAUCCUUUAUACGUAUUAGAUGAAAAUGAAAAAUGUUAUAAGCCGCUGGACCUGAGUACUUACAAUGCACUUGUGGAUAGAAAAUCAAAACUCUAAUAGUUAUGUGAUGUUUGUCUUGAGUAAUAAAUUGUUUAUCUGAAGUAGAA